CUAGUUAUAUUCCCGGAAGUUAAGAAUAGCCUGUCAUUGCGGAAGUAGCUUCAGUGAAGAAAACCUUUUUUGUUGAGAAUUGAAAGAUAAUAAUUUACUGUCGUGAGAAAACGAGUCACGUCAUAUAGUUAGAGAUUACUACCCGUUUUACUGUGUCUAUUGCUGGCUUUUUGAAAAGGAGUAAAAUGUGUAAUGGUUGUGUGCAGAAAGAGUACCCCGACAGGGGGAACACAUGUUUGGAGAAUGGCUCCUACUUGAUGAACUACCUGGGCUGUGCCAACUGUCACCAGAGGGACUUUGUGUUGAUCAGCAACAAGGCCACAGAGGAUGAGGAUGGAGAGGAGAUAGUCACCUAUGAUCAUGUGUGUAAAAACUGUGACCACGUCGUAGCCAGGCAUGAGUAUACCUUCUCUGUGGUGGACGAUUAUCAGGAGUACACAAUGUUGUGCAUGCUGUGUGGGAAGGCGGAGGACUCCAUCAGUGUGCUGCCAGAUGAUCCCAGGCAAACCGCCCCUCUCUUCUAGAAGAGUACAAUGAAAGACUGAGAUGACCAGAUGUAAACAAUCAAGAACUGCAAGCUCAACAUGGACCAGAAGUCCCAUGAAAGAGAUGGACUAUUAGCAUUCUAGAAAAUAGACCAGGUAUUCUAGAACACAUAUCACUUCUCAAACCCAUAUAGCCAUGCAUCUCUAUAUGGCUCUGCCCAGACAUAACAUUUCACUUAUAGAACACAGAGCUUGUCUAAGAUGGCAAGUCCUAUAUUCAUCAAAUUGAAAUGUAGGGCCUAGUUCACUCAUUAACAUCCCCAACCCCCACCCCAUAAGCACUAUUAGAGAUUAAUCUUGGCUUAUCAGAGUGCAAGAAGAAGCUACUACCAUAUCACAUUUACAUUAAGUUUGUUGAAGGUUUGGGGGCUAAGGGUUGUUUCUGUAUAGGGCCUAUGUUGGGGACUAGUGGUUGUUUCUGUAUAGGGUCUAGGUUGGGCCUAAGGGUUGUUUCUUGACAGGGUCUAGGUUGGGGCUUAGGGUUGUUUCUGGACAGGGCCUAGGUUGCAGACUAGUGGUUGUUUCUGUAUAGGGUCUAGGUUGGGGCUACGGGAUCACAUGUCUAUUUAAAUAGAUUUGACAGUAUUGUUUUUUAAAUAUAAAUAUUAAGUAAAACAAAUGUUUGUAUGUUGUGGGGGGCAAUGGAACUUGACACUGUACGCAUUUGUUGGUUGCAUCAUAGCGUAAUAAAGACAACGUGUAGGUA